AUGACCUCCAGCAUCACGAUGAACCCGACAACCACCGAGCUGGUCUCUCCCACCUCCUCCGACCACCGCCUCCGCAAGAGCGCCUUCGAGUCGAGGAGGCGCAUGGGCGAGGGAGGUGAGUACGCCGAGGAGGAGGCCCUGCAGCACCUCCAGACCGAAGCCGAGAUGGCGGAGGAGGAGGCCCGCAAGCUCGAGGAGGAAAUCCGACGCAUGGAGGAGGACCUCGACGACACGGACGAUGAUAAGGAUGAAGAUGAUGAAGAAGACGAUGACUACAACGAGCUCGACCAUGAGGACAGCGACUAUGAUGAAAGCGAAGACGAGGUUGAAGAGGAGGAAGAGAGCGAUGAUGAUGAUGAAGACGAUGAUGAGGAAGGGCAAGGCGAAGACAGCGAGGAAGUUGAAGUGGUGGUCGAAGAGAAGGAGGAGGAGGAGAAGGUCGACAGGGACAUCAGUGCCGAGGUCGCCCCCGAGCAGCAGCAGCAGCAGACCCCAGUUCGGAAGAGGUCCCGCGGCAACAACCUCAUCAAGGAGAUGCUGAGGAGCAGGCGAUCUGGCAAGACCGAGUCGGUCCAGUGCUGA